AUGCAUCGUCUGCCAGAGGAAGUCAUCCUCCAUAUUCUGUCGUUUCUUGAAAUCGCUGACAUUGUCCAUCUGCAACGUCUUUCGUCACCAUACCUUGCCCUUGCACGGGACAGUGCACUGUGGAAGACUGAAUGCUUCACACAUUCCAGAGCUGAGGCAUUUCGACGACGACAGCAUUUGCUUAGCGUGCAAGAAGCUCACAUUGCAGAGCUCCGCAAUGCAGUCACUGCGCUCCCAGGUGCCGACUUGACCGCAUGGGAUGUCUCCCAGCUGGUUGCUAGAUCGCAACAGACACCAUCUACUGAUCCGGUAGCCGCAGCACGAACACAACGAACUCGUGCACUGGCUUCAUGGGAGCCGAACUAUCCCAACGAACGUAUCGACUACUACGAGGAGUACAUCCAGCGUCAUGCUUCCAUUACUGUCGCCUGGCUUGACCUCCCCAAGUCUCCGGCCGAUCAAGUCCGUGAAGCCACAGGACUAGGACUGCUGUCCGAUCAACGGGACUCAUCUCUGCAACGUGCCAUCGCACCUCUCGACGAUGGCAGUGUCUGCAUCUGGGAUGUGGCUGCCAAGUCGACCACUUCAUCUGCUGGAGGCGGCAGACUGAUCGCACAGAGUAGAGCAGGGCUGCUUAGUGGUCAACCUACAGACGCUAUUUCCGAAAGUCACACUAUCAUGACGGAGACUGGCGCAGUCGAGUGCGUCUCAAUCGACAGCACAGCACAAAAGGCCUACAUGGCGGUACAGAACCACCUACAUGAGCUGGACUUGAGCACUUUGCAAAUCACAUCCACGAAAGAGUAUCCAUUUCCCAUCACAGCUCUGUCGGAAGCAAGCGGCAAGACUCCCAUCACAGUCGGGACGAACAUGACAAUCCAUCUCCACGAUCCCAGAGAUCCCGCUUUCACUCCCCAGGAGACAUCAACCGGUGGCGAGCUGAUAGGCGGCUCGGUCUACUCACAUGCGACCCUGGCUCAGCCCGGGCCUCUAUCAAUCCUCAACCACGACGGUUUCACACGCGACGACAGCUCAAUCUGGGUGGCAGGACGCUUCACAUCCUUACUGAACUACGACCGCCGCUUCUUCCCACGACUUCGCGGCACCGUCUUCAGUGGAGCCAGAAUCGCGAGUCUCUUCGCUACUCCUCACCCCUUCAUACCCCGAAGCCUCGACCUGAUGCGCAACCCAAACGCCUCGAUGUCCGCCUUACUCGAAGCCAAGCAAAGAACAGGCACCACAAUCCUUGCCGCAGCCGAGUACAAAGGCAAAGGAUCACUCGAACUCUACGGCCUUCCUGAUCUCCAAUCCUACCAAAAUCGCCAAACAGCAUCAGCCUCGAAACUUCUGUCCGCUGUGCCCCACGGCGGCCGAAUCGUCUUCAGCGACGGCGAUGGACACCUAAAGUGGAUGGAACGUGAUGGCUUCACGCACGUCAGAACCUUCAACAUCAACGACGCCAUGCCAGAUGCUGAAGCCAGCGCCCAAGACGCCAGUGCCUACGGCAUCUGGUCUUCAACAGCUUCCGAGAUGCCCGGACAGGGUGACAUUGUGCAGAAAAUGCUACCCACCUACAGCAGUCGUUCUGUACCAUCAGCCGAAAUGGGACGACCGGACAUCAACCAAAACAAUCUCCUACUUUGGACUGGCGAUGGUAGACUUGGUAUCCUCGGUUUUGGGCAGAGCGAUCCUCUCGGUGCGGAAGAGUGGCACCAUGCGAUGGAAAGUCAGGCGAAGAAUGCCGAGGAGAUGGCGAGAGAAGAUGCUGAGAGGCAGUAUUCGCAGCGUGUGCGGAGGGCACUGGAGAGGAAUGCGGAUGAAGUGAGGUCUGUGCGGGGGUUGGGGAUGGGGUUUGCGAGGCCGUAA